AUGAGUUUGCUUAGUGCAGUUUUACAAGAAGCAGAUAAAGGUACUACAAACGAGUUAAAAAAGUGUCGCGAUGAAUUAAUGCCCAUGUUAAAAGAUCUAACUGAAAGAGUACAAAUGUUAUCUUGGUCAUUACAACAAAAUUUUAUAGAUACGUACUUUCAUUUUACACCUACCAAGAGUUUAGAACAGUUAAACUACAAAAAUCGAAAAGAAAACAUACUGACUGACUAUGCAAAGUUUAAGGAAGACAUCAAAUCACUUCAAGAAAAAUUUGAAAACAAAGAGGUAAUUGAAGAAUUUAACAGUAACUGUAAAAAAUUGCAUAAAUUAAUGAAAACUUUAAAUGAUCUAUGCGUUGUUGUGGAGGGGAAAAAGAUAUUUUAUAACGCAAAUCGUGAAUUUGGCAGAAAUAAUUACAUCGAAGCAAUACUAAGUGUAAAAGAAUUACUAAAAAAAAUACGUGAUUUAAAGUUUGAAGGUAAUGGAAUUAAAGCACUACAAAAUAUAACUGCUCAAGCAGAAAAUUAUUUGGCUCAUUACACAGCACAAUUGAGUGUUGAAUGGGAAGAUAUUUUUACUUGGUCAGAAAAGAAGGGAGUUCAUUUUCUUAUAUAUUCUCUUUCUGUACAGCAAAGUGACCCGAGUUUAAUACAAAAUAUUUUAAAAUCUUUGUAUUUUACUGAGAGAAUGAACGCAGAGCUUGGACUAUUUUCUCAUUUUUUCAUUGAUCAAUUGCUUCACAAUGUUAUUAGACAUAAUUGUGAAAUAUUUACCGAGGACCACAUAGGUGCAUUAGUCUUUAACAUAAAAAUAAGUUUUAAUGAAACAAAGAGACCCAAUUUUCAAACAAUAUUCAAUAAUUUAACUGCAAUAUUUGAAUUUCUACAAUCAACAUUAGGUUCACAGUUUGAAGCUGACAGAACAUUCAUUCAAGUUUUUUCUGAUACCAUUAGUGAAAAAUUCUUCAGUAAAAUAAUUGAAGACUGCAUUAGGAAUAACUUACCAUCUUGUGAUAGUAGCUAUCAGAACUAUAAAAACAUUGUUAUGGAGCUGGAUUGCUUUAAUAAAUUUUUGAUUGAAUUGAAGUUUGUUGAAGCAGAUGAUUCUCCUCUUAAUAAAUAUAUUAAUGAUACUGAGUGUGUUCUAUAUAAUAAAAAAUGUGACAAGUUGUUGUCAGACAUUCGUAAUUUACUCGGGGAGAGUUUAUCAUAUGGCACUGUAGUAGUAGGAAAUACUUUUGAAACAGUCAAUGAUUCCAUAUUCACAACAUCAUUCCGAGAGGUUGAUUAUGAUCUUAACAACCCAUUGUUCUUACCAAAAUGUGUAAUAUCUCAGAAUGUUAAGAAAAUAAUGACCAUGAUUGUGGAGCACCUGGAAGAGAGUGUAAAGUUGCCUGAGAAAUAUAGAAAUCAAUUAGUCAUGUAUAUAAAAGACAUAGCAGUUAUGUACCAGUGCAUUAUACCUAAGAAAUUUAAAGUAAAUUUAGACUGUUGUCCUCUGGAUAUUGCUCUAUUUUUCAACAAUUGCUUUUACUUAGCGCACAGUCUAUUGGGUCCACCAUGGAAAAACACAUUGCCACCAGCUUUAGCUGACCUCCUGAAUACUAUGCUGUUAGAAUGUAUUCAAGAUCUUAGAGUUCUGGGCUUGGAGAAAAUGUCUUUAUAUUUACAACACCAAAAAAAUGUCAUCACAGAGAAAAUUGAGUCUAAUGAACUUCCCUGGACUCAUGAAUCCUAUGAAACUUUAGACAUUGCUAUUAACCAUGCAAUUACACUUAUGCAUGAAUUAAAAGUUACAUGGUACAACAUAUUACCAACUAAAAUGUAUGAACUCUCCAUUUGUACAUUGGUUCAGGCUUUAUGUCAUUCCAUGUUGGAGCGUAUAUUUGUCAAUACAAAGCCUAUUAGCGAAGACUUGGUUUAUAUGAUGGCUGUAAGAUUUGAGGACACCAUUGCUGAGAUAAUGACGUUAUUUGAGGAACCUGUACAAUUUGAAACGAAAAUCAGUGUAUGGAAUAAGUUUAUUAAAAUGCCAAAACUUUUAAAAGCGCAAAUGCUAGAAAUAGCCAAUCUCUGGAGUGGUGAUAAUGAACUGUCUCAGAGCUAUGCGUGUGAAGAAAUACGUCUUAUAGUGAAGAUGAGAUUCCCCGAUGAUAAAUACAGAUUAAAAAUAUUAAAGGAAAUACAA